CUUGGAAAGCGAAAGCUGCUUUGCGACUUGCUUGCAAUUGAUGCGCAUAAUAAUUGUUUGCCGACUAGCCAGCAGUUGCUUUGUCGCCUUGUUGGAGGGGAUCUACUAAAAGCUAAAGGGUAACAAUAGAAGAUAGAUAAGGAACAACAACAACUACUACUGGUAGUAGCUAUCUAUUAAUAGUAUGGGACAGCCCAGUAACGACACUGAAAGCCAGCAGCCGCAGCAGGAGCUGUAUUACUUUGCGUAUGGUCCUGUGGUGAACGACUUGGUGCGGAAGAGACGAGGAAUCCAUGUGGACGAGAUCCGCUCUGCGUUCCUUGUUGACUACCGGUUAACGUUUGCCAUAGGCGGCAUGGCGAACAUUGUUCCUAGAAGAGGGUACGAAGUGCAUGGUCUCUUGAUGAAGCUGACAUCUCAGGAAGAUUGGGAAGCUCUGAUCAAAUUCGACGCGGGAAGCACCCCGUCCUACCAUCGCGUGAUUCCUUAUCGCUACGACGACAACACGGAACGACGAGAAGGAGAUCCUCGCACCGAGAGUGACCCCGUGAAUGCCCGUUUUGUGGAGUUCUCAGACAAGGUAGAAGACGAAUUCUUGGAUUCUCCCAUUGAGACAUUACCCCAAUGUCGCUAUCUCGAGUUGAUUGCUCAGGGAAUGAAUCAAUAUGGCGUCGAUGAGGAUUACAUUGAUGCCGAGAUAAUGGCGACUCCCUUCGUACCAAAAUGCCCGCCAGAGGAAUACCAGCAAGUUCCUCUCGAUUUCAAACUGCUAGCGCCGCCUUCCAAAAAAAUCAUGGCCCGACACUCGACAACCAGUGCUCCCACGCUUCCCAAAAUAUCAUUUUGCAAGUAUCAAAAACUAUGCCAAAAACAACCUGCUACGGGGGGAGACACAUACUUUAUUGUCGAUGAAUGCAUAUACCGAAUUCAUCAAGUAGAUAUUGCCAAAGUACCUGCCGCCAAAUGGUUCCACAUCAAUGGACAUGGAAAACCAGACUGUUCCUUGCUGCUACACAAACUCAUUGUCGACCCGGACAUACCCCUUUGUGAUCACAUCUAUGAAAUGACACCCCUUCAUUUCGCAUGGGUCGAAAAUAGAAUCGUUGAACAAGUCAUUCAAAAAUAUCAAUGUCAAGUCACAAAAGUCGCCAUGUUGAAGGAGGAAGACGACAAACAGGAACAUCCGCAUGGAAGAUUGAGAUCCGUCGUCGCCAGAACCUCCAAACGAUUCUCACUCACCAAACGACGAGGCAGUACCAAUCCAGGAGCUUAACAACUCCUUGAUAUCUAGUCAACUGCACGUUGGUUGUUGUGGAAUCCUGGGCCAGAAGAGCACCACAAAACGAACUACUGUACGAAAAAGAAUUCUUGAAAAGACGAUGCGAACACAUCUGCUGCUGCAGCUAGCUAGCUAGAGGAAGUUCCAAUCACAAGCAAAGUCAGGUUUGACAACUGCACAAUGAUAUCAUUCUUGGCUACACAAAAAAGGCCCCAGAAAGUACUCCAUGAUUGUGUUGCAUGGAGCGCCAUUGUUGGAUGGCGCUUCCAGCUACAGUACGAAUUGCUGGGAUGUGGGGCUUGCCAUACUGCCAAGAGCAUUCUUUGCAACACCCUGGCCUCUUGACUGCAUGGCGAAGUAGAGAGCCACCCAUGCUUUUAUUACCCACUUGAAGACAUAUCAUGUACCUUCUCUUCUUGGAAGGACAUGGCCAAUGCACUCUGCCGGAGAGUUCUCGCACUGAGUGCUGUAGAGUACCAUCAACCACAGCCCCAAGUACCAAGUAGAUAAUAUGCAUGGCACACCUUAGAAAUGAUUGGCUUCUUGGAAAUUCCAAAUGCAUUCAUGUACAUCCCCAGAAUUGAUAACUCAGCUUCUUUAUCCUCUCCCUGACACUCUCCUAAGGCACUGUCCCAACAGUGGUGGAGGAUAGCAAAAAUCCAACAUUCGGACCUCCCAAGCACUGACGUGGCACAGAAUGUCUCCAAAAGAGGCCCAACCCCAACAACCAAAUUUGGGUUUGUGUGCCGGGUGGCGAGCAACGGUGAGCCCAGACCAAAAUACUGAUCCGGCAUUCAAUAGCAACUUUGAUUGGAGGAGAAUGGGUUUUGGAUUCGAACAUUCUGGAAGAAAAAUAGAAAUGAGGACGUAAACAAAACCAAAGUCAAGAUAAAACGUAGAUGAAAACAAUGACAA